UGACGAUAAAUAAAGAGGCCCGACGUGUCGUAAAGGGGCCACACAUAGCCAUAUUCCAGCCAUUCGAGACCUUUCCUCCACUACGACCAUGCUGUCUCGACCCAACAUGAAGCUGGCACUCAGCCUUGCCGCAACAGGUGCUCUUGUGCACGCUGGACCUUGCGACAUCUACGCCUCAGGAAAUACUCCAUGUGUUGCUGCACACAGCACCACGAGAGCACUCUACAACUCUUACAAUGGCCCUCUCUACCAAAUUUCGCGUGCCUCUGAUGGCAAGACCACUGAUAUCUUGCCUGUCUCUGCUGGUGGCGUAGCGAACUCAGGCGCGCAAGACAGCUUCUGUGCCAACACAACCUGCCUCAUCACCAUCUUGUACGAUCAGUCAGGCCGCAGCAACCACCUUACACAGGCUCCUCCAGGAGGUGCCGCAAGUGGUACAGAAGCCGGGGGCUUCGAUCAACUCGCAAGCGCAAUUGGUGCGCCAGUGACGCUCAACGGAAAGAAAGUAUACGGUGUUUUCGUGCACCCGGGAACUGGAUACAGAAUCAAACAGGGCAGCGGGGUUGCCACUGGUGAUCAGCCUGAAGGCAUGUACGCCGUCCUCGAUGGUACGCAUUACAAUGAUGCCUGUUGCUUCGAUUAUGGUAAUGCCGAAACCAGCAACCUCGACACUGGCAAUGGCCACAUGGAGGCGAUCUAUUAUGGUACCAAUACCAUUUGGGGCACUGGUGCUGGGCCCGGUCCAUGGCUCAUGGCAGAUCUUGAAAAUGGACUCUUCUCAGGCGCAAACAUCAAGAAUAACCCGGCAGAUCCUACCAUCACCGAUCGGUUUUUCACUUCUAUUGUCAAGGGUCAGCCCAACCAAUGGGCACUGCGGGGAGCCAACGCCGCUUCGGGAGGACUGUCGACGUACUACAAUGGAAAGCGACCCAACGCUGACGGCUACAACCCCAUGAGCAAGGAAGGAUCGAUCCUCCUCGGCAUUGGUGGCGAUAACAGCAAUGGUGCCCAAGGUACCUUCUACGAGGGCGUGAUGACUUCUGGGUUCCCAAGCGAUGCCACUGAGAAUGCAGUGCAAGCCAACAUCGUGGCGGCUAAGUACACAACUACUUCCUUGAGCAGUGGACCAGCCUUCAACUCUGGCUCUACCAUCACCAUCCGUGCUACCACGCCAGGCUACAAUACUCGCUACCUCUCGCACAGCGGCUCCACUGUCAACACUCAAGUCGUGACUUCAUCGAGCAGUACUGCUGCGCAGAACGCAGCGAAGUGGACUGUACGAGCACCACUUGCAAGCCAGGCCACUGGCUGCUUUUCGUUCGAAUCCGUCGACUCACCUGGAAGCUUUCUCCGCCACUUCAACUUUGUGCUUCAAGUUCAAGGCAAUGACGGAAGCAAGCAGUUCGCAGAGGAUUCGACUUUCUGUGGACAAUCUGGACUCAAUGGUCAAGGCAACACGAUCCGUGCCUGGGGAUACCCCACGAGGUUCUUCCGCCACUUCAACAAUGCUGGAUAUGUGGCAAGGAAUGGCGGACCUCAAAACUACGAUACUACGAAUUCUUUCAACAAUGAUGCUAGCUUUGUGAUUGGUAGCGGCUUUUAG